CUGUGUGACGACAAACGGUGGAAAAAGACGAACUUGUUAGCAGCAUCUUGCUUGUGCCGAGGGGCAAACAAAUCUGCAAACAGCGCAAUAAUUGUUGGUGUCUCGUAUAUUGUGUCGUAUCGUGCGAGUUUGUUUUUUAACUAGCGCCAAAAUGAUGAGCAGUACCGUGAUGCUGUUCGCUUGCUCCAAAUGCUUCUCACGCCAUCCUUUCGAGGAAUUGUCUCCGGGCCAGCAGCUUUGCAAGGAUUGUCGUGGAUCGUUUCCAGUGGUGAAGUGCACCUAUUGCCGCUCGGAGUUCCAGCAAACGACCAAGGGUAGCACGUCAGCGAUCUGUCGAAAGUGCGAAGCAAACGUCAAACAGUACGGAAAGCCGAGCGCCUGCGAGUUAUGCAGCGUCAUAGCGGCGUUCAUCGGAUCCAAAUGCCAAAGGUGUACAAACUCCGAGUCAAAGUAUGGACCAGCAGUCACGUGCGAUCAGUGCAAACAGCGGUGUGCCUUUAACAGGCCCGAUUAUAAGGUCGAUGGCAAAUUGCUAUGUUGGCUAUGCACUUUGUCGUACAAGCGGGCUCUCACCAAGGCCCGUCAGGUAGAGAACGAGCGAAGGCGUGCGAAAAAGCGUGCUGCUGAAGGAUCUUUUCCUCCUCCGCUCGGAAGCAGCGGCGCCACGGGUGGAGGUGGCGGAGGUGAUCGCCGCGAGCGUAUGCAUGACCGCGAGAAGGGCAGCGGCGGUGGACAUGGCAACAGUGGUGGAAUGAAUCUUCCUGGUCUAGGAAUGUCCAGCUUACCGCCGCUUGGCGAUUUGAACAUGAGCCUUGGUCCGAUGGGCGGACCAGGUGGCGGCGGUGGAGGCGGUCCUACAGGAAGUGGCGGUAUGGAUCGGAUUGAUAGCGGAGGUCCGGGGUCCGGUGGUGGUGGUAAUGGUGGACGGACCGAUAAUGGGCGUCAUUCGUCGUCCAGCAAGAAACAUCGCCCCGAUACGGGUAAAAUGAUACCGGAUAUGCCUGCGGAUAAGAUGGUGAUGAAAAGCGCAAAUAGCAGUGGGAGUGGUGGCGGCGGUGGCGGUGGUUACGUCGACCCGCACAGUUCUGACCACGUGAUCGCAAUGACACAGCUAAAGGAAUCGAUUGCCACCUUGAACCGAAAGUUGAAACAGAAGGAUAGCGUCAUACUGGAGAAGGAAAAGGAGAUCAGCGCGUGGAAGGGCAAGCACUUUCACCUAGAACAGGAGCUGAUGAAGAAGUACAAGGAUAUGGAGAAGAAUUACGAGUUCAAGGUGGACGUGCUCAACAAGAAGCUGAAGGCGCAGCUGCUGGAGAUAGCGGCCCUAUCGAAAGCCGUAAAGGAGCGUGAUGAAAGCAAAAAGAAGAAGGCGGUCGGCGGUUAUCUGGCCACAACGAAACUCAGCAAACUCAACAAGGUAAGCAGCGACUCUAAGGAUGGUUCCGACAAGGAAAAAUCUUCAUCUAACAGCCGCGGUGGCCGCAAUCGGAUGAUCGACGAUGACGACGAUGAGGAGGAGACAGGCAGCAUUAAGGAGGAGAAGGAAACCGAGAGCGAGAAGGGUUCGGACAAGGGUGGUUCGGGUCGGAACACGCCGCGUGACAGUGGCAAGGACAGCCCGAGAGAUGUCGACUCUGGUAAAGAAAGUCCGCGCGAUUCGGACAAGGACGAGGAGGACGACAAAAAGUCCCCGAAGAUGCUGUCGGAGCAGCCGCUGAAUGAGGAUUCUCAGAAUGCUGACACACACACACCAAUGGAAGAGGGUCAAACUAAAGUCAGCAAGAGCAACGGCUCAUCCAUGAAGGACGAAGAGGAGUCCGAUCGGGAGGAAGAAAAAGAGGAUCGUCGCAGUUCGGACCGAGGGUCGGACGGUGGUUCCGAACAGGGUUCGGAGCGUGGUUCGGAUCGUGGCUCGGACCGUGGUUCCGAUCGUAGCGACAACGAGUCGGACAAGGAGAGUGAUCGCGACGAUCAGUCCGACAAAGGAGGAAGCGAUAAGGACAGCGAUCGCGAAGGAUCAAACAGUGGAUCUGAUAGCGAUCGCGACUCAGAUUAGGUUCAGACACGGGUGCUUUGUUUUGCAGGAUCGCAGCGUCCCCAAUGUAGUGCCCCCAAUCCUAAGUAAUCACAGCAUUACUCGAGAUACUCCAUUCAAUUAAAACUUAUUUAAAACUAGAACGAACAAAUCGAUUGUAUAUAGUAUGCAAAAGAAUUCAAAUUUUGAAUAUCGUCCAAUUGUUGCACUCAUGCAGAGACGUAGCGCAGAGACAAAGAAGCUCCCGAAUUAUUCUAUUCUAAGUUAUUUUAUCCCCACUGCGGUGGUCGGUUUGUUUGAACAAAAGUAAGCACCUUUGAAUUGCCUCUGCAUUGCGAAUUGGCAUCCAUCAGUAUGUUGCUUUCCAUUUUGGUCAAGCAGUUGCACUUUUAAAAUGUAUAUGAUAAUUGUAACAGAACAAACACAUAAUGAAUCGCGAAAUUUUAAGACGUAAAGUAAUAGCUACAGAUCGCUUUCCGACGUGUAAGGGUAUGUAUAUGACCGUCAAACUAUAAAUCUAUUGGAUAUCAAUAAAGAUUAUAAAAAAAAUAUCA